AUGCUGCAAAUACGAAGAUUGCGGUAUUCUCAACCUGCUAAUGCUCUGUGUAACGUGUUUGCGGGCGCAAAUCAUGCCACGCACAGUCCAUGCCGAAUCGAGUACCUGCAUGCCCAGUACGCACUGAUUCUUAUUUACAUCCUUCGCAUACGAAAAGGAGGUUGCAAACUCCUUUCGAUUGAAGCGUGCCGUUUCCAGGCCAAAGCUUCCACCAGGCUGAGGCUUCAUCCCAAUCCAUUCAUUAUGAAGACGUCCCUCGCGCUUGCAAUGGCUUCGGUCAUGCGCAUGGCGUGUGCCAACAUGGAGCUCAUUCCUAGGCAGCUUAAUGUUCAGGAGCCGGCUGCGGAGUUUGCGGCACUGUGCCCAACGUGUUGUACAAACACGAUUCUACGGACUACCAUCAAGGAAACGUUUUUUUCUACCAAAACGCAGACUGUCUAUUUGACUGCCACGCAGCACGAUGUAUCGACUCAGAUCCAGCAUGAGACGGAAUUUGUGACCAAGACCUCUGUGUCGACCUUUACCACCUCCUACCCCGUCACCGUCACGAGACAGAUCAACUGCACAAAGAAGCCGCCUGCAUCGUCCGCCGCUUUGAAGGAGCGUACCUAUCCCAUCAGCGAAGCACCUCUGGAGUGCGACACGGUGACGACCACAGAAUGGCGAACUACCACGGCAACAAAGACAGUUUUGGUCCCUACCGCGUCGAUUGUGCCAACUACGGAAUGGAUAACCGCAACAGCAACAAAAACAGUCUUGGUCCCUACAGUGUCGCUUGUGCCGACCACAAUGACAAAUAUCGAAACUGUGACGCAGACUCGCAACCCGUCCGUCACGGUGUGGCUGCCGACAACGUACACAACAAUCAUUACGCGCACAUCUCUCUAUCCCAUCACCGUCACCUCGGAGCACGAUGUGACUGUGACAAGCACAGCUACUAGCACAGAAACAAUCAUCAAGACUAUUACCACGAGUUACCCCGUCGUGACCCACGACACUAUCACAGUGCCCGGUUCGACUGUUACUCGGCCUGGUUCGACCGUUACCCAACCUGGCUUGACUUUUACCGUGCCUGGCUCAACAGUCACCCUUCCUGGCUCAACCAUCACCCAGUCCGGAUCGACUGUUGUGCUGCCCGGCUCGACUGUCUCCGUGCCCGGCUCAACCGUCACCCAGCCCGGAUCGACCAUUGUGCUGCCCGGUUCUACGGUUGUGCUGCCCGGCACCACCGUGACAGCCACAACCCGGAUCUCAGUGUGCCCUUCUCCGAACGGCUUCUUUGCGCCGCUCGAUCCAAGCUCCAACCUCACAUUCGGCUGCUCCCCCGGCAGCGUCUGCGCGCCGCGCAUGCCCGCCGGCUGCAACCUGUGGCCCGGCCCGCCGUCCGACGACUUUCUCUGCUGCGCGAGCGACUGCUUCCCCUCGCCACCCUUCACGCUCACCCACUGGCGGGACAACGAGACGAGCUACUACCCGCCGUCGCCUGGAUACUACAACCUCGACCCCACGAGGUUCGGCCUCACGUACGACAUCUUUGAGAGCCCGGAUGGGCGUGGUGGUGGGCAGCAGGGUCUGCGGUCUCCCGUCAAGCGUGCCACCGCGCCGUCGCAGUGCUUCGACGAGUGCAACAACGUCUUUGUCACGGCAGAGGCUGGCGGCAAGACGGACGAGCUCUGCCGCGCGGGCUCUCCGUUUCGGAUUGGCUUCGACCUGUGCACGCACUGCAUCGAGCUGCACGCCAGUGUACUGAGCAACGCCCUCGAUGACUAUGUCGGGCCGGUCUUUGCGCAGUUUCUCAAUUUUUGCAAGGGCCGUCGCUCAGUGCCGCAGUCGUCGUCUGUUGACGCCGUGCCGGGCAGAGUCACCACGGCCGGCCCAGAGCCGAAGACGUCGACUCAAACACUGCAAACGAGCACCCAAGUGUCUGCGAGCUCCGGUAGCUUUGAAUCUCCUCCUCCUAGCACCGCGAGCUCGCAGACAACUUCGGCGUCGGCAUCAGUCUCGCAAUCCAGCGCUGCGGCUGGGGAUGCAGAGCCCUCUGCCAAGACCAUGUCAAGUGCCGAGAGCAGCGUCACGGCUAAUACCAGCAGUGGUGGCAGUUCUGUGAAGACGAUCAGUGGAACUGCAUCCAGCUCUUCUACGGACAGCAGCACAAAGAGUGGCAGCACAGGUGGAGGGUCUCGGUCGACACCCUCUGGCUCGACUACCCGUGCAGCCGCCUCUGGUUCCACUGGCAGCGACACUGGCAGCGCUUCCAAAACCACUUCCACCACUGCGAGCGACUCCAAAGCUACGCCUUCCACUGGCAGUGAUAGGACGUCCUCUCCUAUCGGCACUGUCACCGCAGCGACUGCUACGCCCGAAAGCACGUCGUCUGCCGUGGUUGCCAAUCGGGCCGCAGGCCGCUUUGAAAUCGGCGGUGCAGUAGGAAUACUGAUUACAGCUAUGGCUAGUUUUAUCCUUAUCUAG